AUUUCGCAUCACUUGUGUGGGAAAAACAGCGUGAAAGUUGAGAAUUGACGGCGGACUUUCUCCUGAGCGGAAGUCGCGUUUGAGGUUAUGUUGGCAAUUCCACAUCACUUUUCUGGAGAGAUUUUGUGCCGUGAUCGGCGUUCAGAGCGUACAGCCGGACCUCCUCGUGAAAUUGUGUGUUUUCCCGCGUGAUUGUUGGACAAAUUGUAGUGUAAUUAGUGUGGCGACCGAGGCGAGAAGAUGAAUAUUCCAAAUGAGUACAUCUCAAAGACGGAAGAUGUGGCGGAUCAGGUGAUCCGCCGAGGGAAGCACAUUCUGCCGCCCGUGGCGCGGUUGUGUCUCAUCGCGACAUUCCUGGAGGACGGCAUCCGCAUGUGGGUGCAGUGGUCGGAGCAGCGCGAGUACAUGAACAUGAGCUGGGGCUGCGGCUACUUCCUGGCCACGGUGUUCGUGUUCGUGAAUCUUGUGGGACAGAUUGGCGGCUGUGUGAUGGUCCUGGCGCGAUUCAGGGUGACAAUCGCCUGCGGAAUUCUCUUCUUCAUCGUCGUCCUCCAGACAAUAGCGUACUCAAUACUGUGGGACCUGCAGUUCCUGCUGCGCAACCUGGCGCUCAUCGGCGCGCUGCUGCUCGUGGUGGCGGAGUCGCGCGUGGAGGGGCGCAGCCUGUUCGCCGGCGUGCCGUCGCUGGGCGAGAACAAGCCCAAGAACUGGAUGCAGCUCGCGGGACGAGUGCUGCUGGCUUUCAUGUUUCUCACGCUGAUCCGCUUCGAGGUCAGCUUCCUGCAGAUCCUCCAGGACAUCGUGGGCUCCAUUCUCAUGGUGCUGGUGACCAUUGGGUACAAGACGAAGCUGUCGGCGCUGAUCCUCGUGGCUCUGCUCACGUUCCUCAAUCUCUAUCACAACGCCUGGUGGGCUGUGCCGUCGUACAAGCCGCUCAGGGACUUCCUCAAGUACGACUUCUUCCAGACUCUCUCUGUCAUUGGAGGCCUCCUGAUGAUCGUGUCUCUCGGUCCGGGCGGCGUGUCGAUGGACGAGCACAAGAAGAAGUGGUAAAUUCCACCUCAGGCGGCAGUUUUGCAGUUGUGACCAGAGAAAAGGAGCUUUUUUAUUCUUAGACAAUGCCACAAACACACACACUCUUUUCCCCCCGCGCGAAUAUUAGCAAAUUCCCCGUCAGACAACCCCCCAAAAAUUCCCCCGAUGAAGUUUGUUGUAAAUAUUCCCUCCGCGUGCAGAUUAUUAUUAUUAUUGAUUGAUUGUUUCCUGCAAGAGAAGAGAUCCCAAAAAAGAAAAAAAAAUGCUUUCGGCGCGAGAUGAGAGAGAAUUGACUCCACAAAUUGUACUUCCCCGUGUUCCGGGACUCUUGUUCUCAAGAUCCGGGCUCUUUUUCACUGGAUGAUGAUGAACGAUAGUGUGUCUGAGACGCCAGACGUCCUGUUUCUGAAACAUUUAAAUGCAAUUGUAUUGAGACAAAAAAGAAAGUAAAGAUAACAGUUUAUAUUUAAAGAGAAA